AUGGAUAUUAAUUCGCUGCUUUCACCACAAGAGUCGGCUGCGCAAUCGCGCCAGUCAAACGCUCAAGCACGCUCUAACAAGGGCAACCCAUCAACCGCCUCGGGUCAGACGUCGAAUACAUCGCCUCAGAAACCACGAAGAGGUCGUGCCGCAGGGUCAAAAUAUAGCACUGGCCCAUCACCAGUCGCACGACAAGCUCUAAAGUCUCGAUUACCUGAGCGAGCCAAUGCACCCAAUGCACCCAACCCACCCCAAAACUCCAAUAGCCAAGGUAAUCCGGCUGGGAAGGGGAAUGGCUCGAUGACGGCUCUAGCAGAAGCGGCAGCGCUGCAAGGUCAAAGCCAGCCUCAAAGCCAAAGUCAUCCCUCUCACAAUCAAAAAGGCAAUCAACCUGUCUAUUCGAAUAUGUCCAUCUCGCCAAUCUACCCCAACCCGAAACCCGUCAAGCUAGUGCAGAAUCCACCACGUGCCCCGGAGCCUCGAGAAUUCGUGAAACGAAACUUUUCCCAGUCAUCCUUGCACCCAGAAGCUCAACAACAGGCCAAUCAGUUGUUUAGUCAUAUCCAGGCAAACCCUCAUUCGUACGAGUCGCAUGUUCAGUUCAUUCAGCUUCUUCAUACCGGUUUUGUAAACCAUGUUUACCCACCACAUGAUCCUGACGCCCAUGGUGAUCCGAGAGCCUACGAUUUGUUGAAAGAUUUGCGCAGCGCUCGUGAGGACAUGGAUAAGCUUUUUGCUAUGGGUGAGGACUUGUGGGUGGAGUGGAUUCAAGACGAGACUAUGGUUGCACAAACAGUUGAUGAGAGGAUAGCUGUCAUGGAACUUUGUCGACGAGCUGUUGAGGAGGAGUAUGGAAGUACGAAACUUUGGACGAUGUUUGGAGAAUGGAUGCUUUACCUCUACAACUCCGCGAACGGCCAGGCAGGCCAAAAUCAAUGGAGCGAAGAGGAUCGGUUAGUCGGUCGGGAAGUGUUCAGCUGGCCAUCGGUCUUCGAAAUAUGGCAACGGGCAGCGGAUGCUACUAGAUGGCGCAUUCAUGAUAGCCAUCUUGUCUGGUCAAAGUUCCUUGAGCUCUGUAUUCAGGACUUUUCACAUAACCAAACCAACGAGAAGGCGUCCCAGGUUCGAGCGACUUUUGAGUCUCGACUUCAGACUCCACAUGCUGCGUGGGAUGAGACUUUCCAGAUUUUCUCGGGUUUCGUCAGCCAAUAUUUCAAUGCCAACUACGAGGAGAUCAUGGCCAACGCCGUCGCAAGAGCAUCAGACGCGAAAGCAAAAUAUGCAGCUCGGCAGGAUUUUGAACAUAAAGUACAAAGAGCUCUAGAGUCAAAAGACCGCAAUCUAGAGUGGGCCGUAUACUCGGAGUACAUCGAGUGGGAACUGCUACAAGAUCCUCGUAAAAACAUGUACAGUCCUCAUCUGAUCAAUGCUUUAUAUCAACGCGCUCUACUACGAUUUCCUACCGAUGUGCCUAUGUGGGAGGAUUGCGUCAUGUUUCUGAUACAGCCGCCAGUGCCCGUACCUCGUAACGAGAUUGCACCGGUCCUUCCAACAAUCGAACGUGCAACAAGACAUUGUCCGUGGUCAGGUUCACUAUGGUCUCAAUGUCUACUCGUUGCAGAACGCGAGGGUCUUUCGUUUGACCAAAUUGUGGAACUCAAGCACAGAGCUACUAGCACCGGUCUAUUAGAUGCUGGCGGUCUGGAGGAGGUUAUCAAAGUUCACUCAAUGUGGUGCAGUUACCUACGUCGACGUGCAUUCCUACCAGACGCCACUGACGAAGAUCUCGAUGUUGCCGAAGUCGGCAUUCGUUCUGCAAUUGAGAGAGUUCAAGAGCUUGGGGAGAACAAGUACGGCAAAUCGUAUCAAGGAGAUCCUUACUUUCGUCUGGAGCGGAUUUAUACCCGUUAUCUGAGUGAAAGUGGAAGCUGGGACAGUGCUCGUGAAUACUACAAAGGUCUGAUAGCUACUCGUGGAAAUAGCUAUGAAUUCUGGCUGGACUACUACAACUGGGAAAUCAUGUCUUGGCGAACAUUCGUCGAAGCUGCAAUGACGCCAGAAGCUGCUCGAAGGACUCCGGGACCUAGCUAUGCUACUGCCGUGUUGAAACAAGCUAUCAGACGACCUGAUUUGGAUUGGCCGGAGAAGGUCAUGACCAAGUACAUCGCGCAUUGCGAGGAUUACGAAGAUGCCGACGAACUUCAGGAGGCUCUUGUUGAGACACAAAUGGCCAUGAAAGCUGUGGCGCGGAGACGACAAAAAGAGGCAUUAGAGCGUGCCGCCGCGCAACAAAGUGCUGCAGCGAGUACGGAAGCAGCCCAAGUAGCAGCAGCGGAAUCAAUGGGUACGGAGGGUGAUGUUGCAGCCGCCGCUGCUGCUUCGAAACGCAAGCGCGAGGAAGACUCUCUUGAGACUACCGAGACACCUCACAAAAAAGCUCGUCCGGAAACGAUAUCAAGCGACCACAAGGAGCCAGCAGAGUUGAAGAGGGAUCGCGAGCAUUCCACCGUCAUGGUCAAACGCAUGCCUUCGGACAUUAUCGAGUCUCAGAUUCGCCAAUUUUUCCGCGAUUGCGGACCCGUCGUGGACAUCAAAUUUUUGCCCUCUGAGCAUGAUUUGACCACGGCCGUUGUCGAGUUUGAAACUCAAGAAGACGCAGCCGCAGCUCUGACUCGGGACCAGAAACGGAUCAAUGGUCAAACUGUGGAUGUCGAAAUGGGUAGCGGUUCGACAGUCUAUGUCACAAACUUCCCUCCGACUGCCGAUGAAGCUUUUAUCAGGAGUCUAUUUAGCGAGGCCGGAGAAAUAGUCGAAGUUCGCUUUCCAUCUCUCAAAUACAACACCCAUCGUCGGUUCUGUUAUGUCCAAUUCAAGUCGCCUGAUCAAGCCAUUGCUGCGACCAAGUUGGACAACAAUGUUGUUGGUGACGGGCUUAAUCUACAAGUUAAGAUUUCUGAUCCUUCUGCACGACAAGAUCGCCAGGGACCCAUGUACGAAGAGCGAGAAAUCCACAUUUCCAACAUUCAUUUUGACGCUCGUGAAAACGACCUCAAAGAGCUUUUUUCCAAAUACGGCACUAUCGAAACUGUGCGAAUUCCUAGUAAAGUCAAUGGCGAGCACCGCGGAUUUGGUUUCAUAGUCUUUUCCAAAAAGGAAGAGGCGACUGCUGCGCUUGCCAUGCACAAACAAGAUUUCAGGGGACGACCACUACAGGUCAAAGUUUCUACACCGGUACCUGUUAAACGAGCUGCCACUAUCAUCACCCCCAAAGCACGAUCCGAGUCAGCCGAACCGAAAGGCGGUGACUUAGAAAGUCAAGGAGCGGCUGAUGACCGUGCAGCUCGGACGUUAGGAUUGAUGAACAUCCCUGAUACAGUGAAUGAUAGUCGCAUCCGGGCAAUUGCUGAACCAUUUGGCCCUCUGGUCAAGAUUAUUCUACGCCCUGAUCGUGAAGGGGCUAUUGUUGAGUUUGUGGAUAUCAAGGCAGCUGGGAAAGCUUCGUUAGAACUGGAAGGCCAUGAAAUCGCUCCUGGUCGUUUAAUUCGAGUAGGAACUGCCAAUGAUGUGCUGAAACGGAAUGGGCCUUCGGUUUCUGGCCCUGCCAAGCCGAAAACUACCAAGACAUUUAUGCCACAAGUCGGUGGACCCAUCAAGCGUCCAACACAGCCAGGAGCUGGACGUCGGGGUGGACUGGGAUUUAAGCGUGGUGGAAGUGUGGCCUCGGGUCGCAGCGACGAGCACCACGAGCACCACGAAAAGGUCGAAGGAGCGACAGAACAAAAGCCACAGAAAACAAAUGACGAUUUCCGGGCCAUGUUCAGCAAUGGAAAACAGUAG